GGUGGGCGGGGCUGGGGCAGGCCCAGAGUUGGCUGAGAUCUCUCUGCUUCUGGGGGCUGUGACCAUCGGCCAUCAGACUGGGGGGGCAGGAUCGCAGGUCACCGUGUGGGUGGGGGGCCCAGGCGCCCUCCCGCUUUACCAGGUGAAGGCCGUCAACCCCCCUCUCCUCCCUCCAAGAGGGCGCCUUCGGCCCUGCUAUCCAGCACAGCUUAAGUGUUUGCUCAAGCUUGUCUGUCUGAUCCCAGGCCCUGGGCUGUCCUGCGCCCUCACCCCCAGCAGGGAAUGGCCACUGGGCGGAGUCUGGGCUGAGGUGGGGGAGCGGGGAGCAGGUUAAUGACGAAGCGUCAGCUUCUGCUGAGGACGGUCAGCCCCGCCCCAGUCCAGGUGGGCUGGCCCGGGGCACGUGGCAGCUUCCUGGGCUGGCAGCGCUGGUGUUGGCCUGGCUGAGGGGCGGAGGGGGCCGGGCCAGAGGCCGAGCAGGUGCGCGGGCGGGGACAGAUGCCCGGCCCGGGACAGUCUUGCUGGCACCCAGGCGAGGCGGAUUUCCCACCGGGAGGGUGCCGCUCGGGGGCCUCCUGGAAGGCUGAGAACUUCCAGGGUGGAAGCCCUCUGCAGUGCUGACACCUGGAGUCCCCAUGGCCUCGCUGAGCCGAGCCCUGCGUGUGGCCGCCACCCGCCCUCCCCGGAGCCUUGCCCGCUGCCCGGGGCUGUGCCCCCUGAGCAGCGGGGCCCGCCCCACCGCCGAGAAGAACGUGCCAUACCAGCGGACCCUGAAGGAGGAACGGGGCCCCUCGGCGGUGGCCCAAGGCCCAAGCCGGCCCCUGCCCAGCACGGCCGAUGUGGUGGUCAUCGGCGGGGGCAGCUUGGGCUGCCAGACCCUGUACCACCUGGCCAAACUGGGCGUGAGCGGGGCGCUGCUCCUGGAGCGGGGACGGCUGACGUCGGGGACCACCUGGCACACGGCAGGCCUGCUGUGGCAGCUGCGGCCCAGCGACGUGGAGGUGGAGCUGCUGGCCCACACCAGGCGCGUGGUGAGCCACGACCUGCCGGAGGAGACGGGGCUGCACACGGGCUGGGUGCCGAACGGCGGCCUGUUCAUCGCGUCCAGCCGGCAGCGCCUGCUCGAGUACCAGCGGCUCAUGUCGCUGGGCAAGGCCUACGGCGUGGAGUCCCACGUGCUGAGCCCGGCGGAGACCAAGACGCUGUACCCACUGAUGAACGUGGACGACCUCUACGGGACACUGUACGUGCCAGGCGACGGCACCAUAGACCCCGCCGGCACCUGCUCCGCACUGGCCAGGGCUGCCACCGCCCGGGCAGCACAGAUCGUCGAGAACUGCCCGGUGACCGGCAUCCGUGUGCGGACAGAUGACUUUGGGGUGCGGCGGGUCGCGGCUGUCGAGACCGAGCACGGCUCCAUCCAGACGCCCUGCGUGGUCAACUGCGCAGGAGUGUGGGCGGGAGCAGUGGGCAGGAUGGCCGGAGUCAAGGUCCCGCUCGUGGCCAUGCACCAUGCCUACGUCGUCACCGAGCGCAUAGAGGGGAUCCAGAACAUGCCCAACGUCCGUGACCAUGAUGCCUCGAUCUACCUCCGCCUCCAAGGGGACGCCUUGUCGGUGGGGGGCUAUGAGGCCAACCCCAUCUUCUGGGAGGAGGUGUCGGACAAGUUUGCCUUCGGCCUCUUCGACCUGGACUGGGAGGUGUUCGGCCAGCACAUCGAAGGCGCCAUCAACCGGGUCCCUGUGCUGGAGAAGACAGGGGUCAAGUCCACAGUCUGUGGCCCGGAGUCCUUCACACCUGACCACAAGCCCCUGAUGGGGGAGGCGCCCGAGCUCCGAGGAUUCUUCCUGGGCUGUGGCUUCAACAGUGCAGGGAUGAUGCUUGGCGGCGGCUGUGGCCAGGAGCUGGCCCACUGGAUCGUCCAUGGACGCCCGGAGAAGGACAUGUACAGCUAUGACAUCAGGCGCUUCCACUGCUCGCUCACGGGCCACCGCCGCUGGAUUCGCGAGCGCAGCCAUGAGUCCUAUGCCAAGAACUACUCCAUCGUCUUCCCGCACGACGAGCCCCUGGCCGGCCGCAGCAUGAGGACGGGCCCGCUGCACGAGGAGCUCCUUGCACAAGGCUGCGUGUUCCAGGAGCGGCACGGCUGGGAGCGGCCGGGGUGGUUCACCCCCGAAGGCACAGCUCCGGUUCUCCCUUACGACUACUACGGGGCUUAUGGGAACCGGGCGCACCAGGACCACGCCUACGGCAAGCUGCUGGCUGACGAGCACACCUUUGACUUCCCGCCCCACCACGACGUGAUCAAGCAGGAGUGCCUGGCCUGCAGAGGCGCUGCCGCCGUGUUUGACAUGUCCUACUUCGGCAAGUUCUACCUGGUGGGCUUGGAUGCGAGGAAGGCCGCCGACUGGCUGUUCUCUGCCGACGUCAGCCGCCCCCCAGGGUCGACAGUGUACACCUGCAUGCUGAACCACCGGGGAGGCACGGAAAGCGACCUGACCGUCAGCCGCCUGGCCCCCAGUCCCCAGGCCUCCCCGCUGACCCCCGCCUUCGAAGGGGACGGCUACUACCUGGCCGUGGGCGGCGCCACGGCCCAGCACAACUCGUCCUACAUCCUCGCCGUGCUGCAGGACCGGAGGUUCCGGUGCCAGCUCAUCGACAGCUCCGAGGCCCUGGGCUUGAUCAGCAUCCAGGGCCCAGCCAGCCGAGCCAUUCUCCAGGAGGUGCUCGAUGCGGAUCUGAGCAACGAGGCCUUCCCUUUCUCCACCCACAAGCUGGUGACAGCCGCCGGCCACCUGGUCCGGGCCAUGAGGCUGUCCUUCGUGGGGGAGCUGGGCUGGGAGCUGCACAUUCCGAGGCUGUCCUGCGUGCCCGUGUACCAGGCCGUGAUGGCAGCGGGAGCCAAGCACGGCCUGGUCCCCGCGGGCUACCGGGCCAUCGACAACCUGAGCAUCGAGAAAGGCUACCGGCACUGGCACGCAGACCUGCGGCCGGACGACAGCCCCCUGGAGGCAGGCUUGGCCUUCACCUGCAAGCUCAAGUCCGCCACCCCGUUCCUGGGGCGCGAGGCCCUGGAGAAGCAGCGGGCCCAGGGCCUCCGCCGGCGCCUGGUGUGCCUCACCGUGGAUGAAAAAGUGCCCGUCUUCGGCCUGGAGGCCAUCUGGAGGGACGGCCGAGUGGUGGGCCACACCCGCAGGGCCGGCUUCGGGUUCGCCAUCGACAAGCCCAUCGCCUACGGCUACGUCCGGGACCCCAGCGGCGGGCUGGUCUCGCCGGACUUCGUGAAGAGUGGGGACUAUGCCCUGGAGAGGAUGGGGGUGACCUACCCUGCCCAGGCUCAUCUGAAGUCUCCCUUCGAUCCCGACAACAAGCGGGUGAAAGGGAUCUAUUGAUGGGGCCCCUGGAGCAGGUCCUCAGCUGCCGAGGGGGCCAGACACCUGCCCGCCCCCACCACGGGCCCCACAGGGCCCGUGCUGCCCCGGGACCUGGGACCUGGACCCCAGCCGAACUCGAAUCUUCCCUGCCCUCGGUCCAGGCCUGCUGACCCCCAAACAGAUAUGGACAGAUGACCCAGGGGGCCCGUCCUGCGCCCACCCCCUUAAAACACAGACCCGUAACUUCUUGGGCUCGGGGACCACGAGAGGCCUCUUGCAAGGUGCUUAGUAAACAUAGCGAGCCCAGCACAAAAGCAGGCGCACAGAGGCUCCCCCGGCUGUCCGGGGCGUAGAGAGUCGGAGGUGCCCCGGAAUCGGGGGCACAGUGGGGUCGAUGAGGGAUGUCUGCCUGGGGCACAGUGUGGAAGGCACGGGGCAUGCGUGCCAGACGGGCCCUGGCCCCCAUCAGGGCUGAUCGGCAGGAUGGUCUGUUUCCCGGGCGUGGGAGGGGAGGGGUCGGCCUCGACCUCUGAGCCUCGCGCAGGGGUCGGGCUCCGGUCAGCGCCGUCCCUCACCCCGCAGAAAUGCCACCUCCUGCCUGUUUCCCCGACUCGGUCUGGGUGAGAAUCCGGCGGAGCCCUCUCGCCGGGCGGCCUUCGUCCUCGCCGUGUGAUCAGGACACGGCUCCUGCCCUUGUCCCCUCCGCUUCCGGCCUCCGGCGGGAGGACCUCGCACAAGGCCUUGAAUGGGGUGAAGGCCCUGCUCCCCUUGGCUGGGCCUUCAGAAUGCUCAUCUGCCCUGUGCCCUGCCUCCCCGCCCGGGAUGGGCAUCUGGCCCACGCCCCUGUGCCCAGGUCCCUCCCCCGUUGCCUCCCCCGCUCCCCCUCCACCCCGGCAGGGUUUGGUUGCCCACUGUGCAGCCCCAAUAAAGCUGUAC